UACGUACGUAAUUCUGACAUUGACUGUCAUUAAUAAUGGGAUAUGACUUUCGAGGUUAUUAUUGAGAAAUGAAAACGUAGCAUUUACUUAUAGUACGUUAUAUGGUUUUUGAUUGGUUUAAAUAAACUAAAUAAAAUGAAGUGCAACAAUAACGAUACGAAUGGCCAUUUAAAAAGGCAUUUGGAAGCGAAGAUCUCCGAAGCUGAAGAGGUAAUAGAAAAAUCUUUAUCUCAAUGUGAGGCAGAUGAAAUUUUUAUGUCUUUCAAUGGGGGCAAGGAUUGCACUGUUUUAUUACAUAUACUCCAAAGAGUUUAUAAACUUAAAUAUGGUUCUGAUGCACCUCCAUUACUCUGUUUAUAUGUGAGACCUAAUGAUCCUUUUCCUGAGAUAGAAAGUUUUGUGACUGAGUGCAAAAAUCUGUACCCCAUAAAUCUAAUAACAUUUGACUCUUCCUUAAAACUGGCUUUAAAAGAUCUGACAGUGUCGAAACCUCAACUCAAAGCUAGUUUCAUGGGAUCACGACGAACUGAUCCACAUUGUGGCAAAAUGGAAGCAAUUCAGAUGACGGACCCAGGUUGGCCUAAACUUCUGCGCGUUAACCCGCUGUUAGAUUGGGAUUUGUCAGAUAUUUGGGACUACAUAAUAACUAAUAAAGUUCCAUAUUGCUCACUCUAUGAUCAAGGUUAUACAUCUUUAGGCUCCCGAAGUAAUACUGUGCCGAAUCCACAUUUAAAAUAUAUUACAACAGAUGGUCAAAUUAAAUACCAUCCAGCAUAUAUGAUGAAAGAUUAUGAAUAUGAGAGGGAUGGUAGACUUUAAUGAAAACAAAAAUUAGCAAAACUUUCUGGGGAUAUAUAAAAAAACAACACAUUGUCUGGGUCUAAUAUAUAUUAAACCCCAAUAUUUAAAUUUUCUGAAAAUAUUUGUAUAUAUAUAAUCGUUCGUGCGGGUUCACUGAGCGAGUUGUGCAAUGUUUUGAAAUGCAGAAGUAUGUGAUGUAUUCUUUAUCUUAAUUGUAUUAUAUAUAUGAACAAUUUAAUAUAUCUUUAAAAUUAGUUGAAUAUUUAACAUAAUAUUUU